CUCCUUCGUCGCCGAGUGGUGUGCGAGCGACUGGGCCGUCUCGAAAACUGUCUCGUGGGUAGACUCAAACAUAUUAUUGAUAUUGACCAUAGUGCAUAUCUAUUUUGGUUCAUUGUUGAAUAAUACAUUUAACGAUACUGUUAUAUUUCUAGAAAAGAUAGAGAAUGGCUGCUGCCGCUGAGGUGAAUGGUACUUCUGCCCUGGUGAGGGAGGAAGAGGAGCCUAUGGAAGUCACUGCCGAAGGCGAGCACACAGAGAACUACCAGACGCUCAUCGACGCUGGACUGCCUCAGAAAGUGGCCGAGAGUCUCGACAACGUAUUCUCAACUGGCUUGGUGGCGUACGCUGACCUGGAUGAGAGGGCCAUUGAUGCUCUGCGGGAGUUCAAUGAAGAGGGAGCACUGUCUGUACUGUUGCAGUUCAAAGAAAGUGACCUGUCCCAUGUGCAGAACAAAAGUGCUUUCCUUUGUGGAGUCAUGAAGACGUACAGACAGAGGGAAAAGCAGGGAAGUAAAGUACAAGAAUCCACCAAGGGUCCCGAUGAGUCCAAGAUCAAGGCUCUGUUGGAGCGGACAGGAUACACCUUGGACGUCACCACGGGACAGAGGAAAUAUGGAGGGCCCCCACCAGAGGAAGUGUUCCAGGGAGCACAGCCUGGGAUUGGAACUGAGGUGUUUGUGGGAAAGAUCCCCAGAGAUCUGUAUGAAGACGAGCUGGUGCCACUGUUUGAGAAGGCGGGAACAAUCUGGGACCUGAGGCUAAUGAUGGACCCUCUGUCGGGUCAGAACCGGGGAUACGCCUUCAUCACCUUCUGCGGCAAGGAUGCAGCAGCUGAGGCGGUGAAACUUUGUGAUAACUAUGAAAUCCGGUCUGGGAAAUACCUUGGAGUGUGCAUAUCUGUCGCAAACAACCGCCUGUUUGUUGGAUCAAUCCCAAAGAACAAGACCAGAGAGAGCAUAUUGGAGGACUUUGGCAAAGUCACAGAGGGGCUUCAGGAAGUGAUCCUCUACCACCAGCCGGACGACAAGAAGAAGAACCGUGGCUUCUGUUUCCUGGAGUACGAGGACCACAAGUCUGCAGCCCAGGCCCGCCGCCGCCUGAUGAGUGGCAAGGUGAAGGUGUGGGGGAACCCGGUCACUGUGGAGUGGGCUGACCCGGUCGCUGAGCCCGACCCAGAUGUCAUGGCGAAGGUGAAAGUCCUGUUUGUCAGGAAGCUAGCCACCCCGGUCACAGAGGAGCUACUGGAGAAGACCUUCUCUGCGUUUGGAAAGCUGGAGCGGGUGAAGAAGCUCAAAGACUACGCCUUUGUUCACUUUGAGGACAGGGACGCAGCUGUGAAGGCAAUGGCAGAAAUGAAUGGGAAGGAGCUGGGGGGAGAGGAGAUUGAGAUAGUCCUGGCCAAGCCCCCUGACAAGAAAAGGAAAGAGAGGCAGGCUCAGCGCCAGACCACCAGAAACCCAGGGUAUGAUGACUAUUACUACUACCCACCGCCACGCAUGCCUCCACCAGGUAGGGGCAGGGGCCGUGGUGGCAGAGGGGGCGGUGGCUACGCCGCCUACCCCCCAGACUACUACAGCUACGAGGACUACUACGAUGACUACUACGGCUAUGACUAUCAUGACUACCGCGGCGGUUACGAGGACCCGUACUACGGUUACGACGAUGUGUACAGCAUGAGGGGCCGUGGCAGCCGCCCCAGCAGGGGAGGCCCACCCAGGACCCGCGGAGCACAACCCACACGGGGCCGAGGGGGCUAUACCCAGAGGGGGCCACCUAUCGGCGGGCCCAGGGGUGGCAGAGGGGGCCGUGGGGGACCAUUCCAACCACAGAGGGGCCGAGGUACCCGAGGAGCCAGGGGGAACCGCGGGGGCAAUGUGGGCGGGAAGAGGAAGGCGGAUGUCUUCAACCAGCCUGACUCCAAGCGCCGGCAGAUCAACCAGCAGAACUGGGGGUCCCAGCCCAUCGCCCAGCAGCCCCUGCAGCAAGGGGCCGACUAUUCCGGUGGUGAAGCGAGAGCGGCAUCGCUUGAGUGAGGAAAGAACUCACCCUGAACGGUGUUCCUUACAAAAGGCCCGGACUGUAGGGGAGCUUCCCUCAAGCUAGCCCUCACCCUGCCCUUCCUGUGGACCAGUUAGGUUGGGCUCAUUUGAGAUGGAGUGGACUUAUGGCCCUCCUCCUAAGGAGACCUCUGUUAUUUUCUCCAAACUCCCAGCCUGGGCAACAGUGGGCAUUGACAUCUCCCCUGACGAACUCCUGGCAUAUUUCCGAGCUCAGGCUGAUGAAAAAACUCCAAGGCUACUCUACUACAUUGAUCUCCUGUCCCCAUACCUCUUACAUCUGCUGCUAGUCUUUGUCAUAGCUGCUGCUGGCUACCAUGCUUACAGAAAAAUGUGUAAAUGGAAGGAGUGGUCGGAGGCAGAUGCCCUGUCUAAGCAGCUAUAUCAAGGCCUGGAACUUAAGGAGAGCCUGGCAGCAAGGGUGAGGGAGGCCAGUCAGCGCCUGGAGGCCCUGGAGGAGGCCAAGCGAGCUGCCCGUGGCAGAAGGGGCAGGCACUGUCACCACUGUGGCUCCUCCAUCAGAUAACAUGAAGACAGCCUGCUGGACACCAGCCAGAGACGAUAAAAUAUGAGGGGAAAGUUGGGCUGUGUCCCCCCCAUUUUUCAUUAACUGAAAUAAAAGAUCCCAUUUCCCAUAUGCUCAAAAACCUUAUUUCUCACAUGUUGUGCACAAAUGUGUUUACAUCCCUGUUAGUGAUUUCAUCCCUGUUAGUGAUUUCUCCUUUGCCAAGAUAAUCCAUCUGACCGGUGUGGCAUAUCAAGAAGCUGAUUAAAUUGGAUAAUUAUUAAACAGGA